UUCCUCUGGACAGGUUUUGAUAAAUCUCCCCCUUUAUUUCCCCCGUGUUUCCCCGAAAAUAAGACACUGUCUUAUAUUUAUUUUUCCUCAAGAAGACACACUAUGGCUUAUUUUCAGGGGAUGUCUUAUUUUUAUUACGAUAUACCAUCUUAGUCGUGACUGACUUUGCUGAGCAAAAUGAAGUUUUUAACCUACCUUUCCCUACUUAUCUGUGGUUUUUCAUCCAUAUCUUUAACACAUGGCUGGACCUAUCACUAUUCAGACUACACCAUGUCCUACGACAAUGCCCACAAAUAUUGCAGAGAAAAAUACACUGACAUGGUAGCCAUCCAAAACCAAGAAGAGAAUAAGUAUCUCAGCCAGAUCUUACCAUUUAAUUCUGCAUAUUAUUGGAUCGGCAUCCGGAAAAAUAUUCAGACGGGCAAAUGGACCUGGGUUGGCACCAACAAGGAGCUCACCGAGGAGGCCAAAAACUGGGCUAAGGGUGAACCCAACAACAACAGUGAGAAACAAAAUGAGGACUGUGUGGAGAUGUAUGUGAGGAGGGAUCCCGAUCCUGGAAAGUGGAAUGAUAUCGCAUGCAGUAAGAAGAAAGUGGCGUUGUGUUAUACAGCUGCUUGCAACUCUUCUUCCUGUAACAACCACGGGGAAUGCAUAGAAACUAUUAACAGCUACACCUGCAAUUGCUCUGAUGGAUUUUUUGGCAAAGACUGUGAGCAUGUUGUCGCUUGUCCAGAGAUCAGCGGGAUCGAUCAUGGAUCAGUCGUGUGCUCUCACCCACAUGGGAAUUUCACUUACCAGUCAAGUUGUCAUUUUACAUGUCCUAAUGGAUAUCUGCUGGUUGGCUCUGAAAAUCUACAGUGCAAUGGAAAAGGAGAAUGGGGAUUCCAGAUUCCUCACUGUAAAGCUAUUCAAUGCGAGCGUCCAGAACUACCAAACAACGGAGUGAUGAGCUGUUCCGAUGAUGGAGACAUCCUUCCAGAAAACUCCAUUUGUAAUUUCAACUGCAAACAAGGGUUCACCAUGGUUGGAUCUUCUUCAAUACUUUGCACAACUCCAGGCCACUGGUCCGAAAGCGUCCCAGAAUGUGAAGCUAUUCAGUGUGAACUUCCUCCAGCACCAGCAAAUGGAGCAUUUGCCUGUCCUAGUGAUAGAGAAAUGCAACCAUAUAACACUACUUGUAACUUCACCUGCGAUGAAGGAUUUAUCUUAGAGGGGGAACAAUCAAUUCAAUGUAUAACUCCUGAUCGGUGGUCUGCAGAAUACCCAGAAUGCAAAGCUAUACAUUGUGAGCGACCAGAGCAACCAGAGGACGGAUCGAUGAGCUGCGUCUACAGUGAAGAGGUGUUAGAAUAUAACUCUACAUGUCAUUUCACCUGCGAUGAAGGAUUUACCAUGGUGGGGUCUUCUUCUAUACAAUGUUCAGCUACCGGCCAAUGGACUGAAAGCCCUCCAACAUGCCAAGCCAUACAGUGCGCCUCACUGACCGCCCCGGUGAAUGGUCUUAUGCGAUGCCAGGAUGGAUCCAGCUACAAUUCCUCAUGUGCAUUUUCUUGCCCUGAUGGCUACGAAUUGAUAGGAUCUUCUGAGCUUCAGUGUCUGUCUUCUGGAGAGUGGACAUCCUCGGUGCCCUUAUGUAAAGCUGUCCAAUGCCCUUCCUUGACUUCUCCGAGAAAAGGACACAUGGUCUGUCAAGAUACGACUGACUACAAGUCACAAUGUUCCUUCAGCUGUUCGGAAGGCUUCCGGUUGAUCGGAUCGUCGGUACUCACUUGCCAGUCAUCUGGAGCAUGGUCUUCAUCUGUUCCCAAAUGUGAAGCGGUCCAGUGCCCUUCUUUGAGUGCUCCUGAGGAUGGUCUCAUGUCAUGUCAUGAUACAACAAACUACAAGUCUCAAUGUUCCUUUAGCUGCUUGAAAGGCUUCAGGUUGAUGGGAUCCCCAGUACUUAGUUGUCAGAUAUCUGGAGAAUGGACGUCAUCCGUUCCAAGAUGUGAAGCCGUGCGGUGCGAUGCUCUUGUUGUUCCAUCAAUGGGAAAAAUGAAUUGCAGUCGCCUGGAUUUUGGCUAUGGUACAGUGUGCACAUUCACUUGUGAAUAUGAUCUGCAACUAAAUGGAACCGAUACCAUAGAAUGUGACAGUAAUGGAGACUGGAAUACAGAUGCCCCAAACUGUGAGACUGUGAAAGUACCAGCAGACACGGCCACAUACGUAACAGUGGGGAUUGCUACAUCCGGGGCUUCAGUAUUGUCAGCCGCUUCUCUCAUCAUCUGGCUCGUAAAGCGUAUGCGCAAAACAGCAAAGAAAUUUACCCCAUCAAACUGCCAACAUCUUGAAGGAGCCGGAGUCUACCAGAAUAAUGAAGGAAGCUGGAACGGGUAUAGAACAAAUAUUUAUAGUGUUGGCCUAAAAAGAACAUUUUUUAAGGCAUGUCAAUCACUGGAGAGUGAUUUACCCAGCAUGGCGGGUCCAGCUGCCAGACCUCCACUCUUUAUACUUGUCUUAUGUCAUGAAGAUAAUCUGGCGACAGAGGUGUCGGGCAGCGGCUUAUUUCCUUCUCCAUAUGAUUAUCUAAGUAUGGGGGAAGCGACUGGAGGAAAAGCAGUUUGGCCACCAAUGUGUAUUGCUAAAGAGUUCAGAUUCCCCACCUCAUCAUAUAGGGUGCCCUAUUGUGGGACAGGGAAGAAGGGUUUCAAGCUUACCCUUACACAGGCUGUAAAUCAGCUGAAAAUGGUCAAGAUCGGUCGCGGAACCUCUGGCGAACCCAGUGACUCCCCGAGACCAGGCAAAAGCCAAGCGGACAUGUCGAAGUUCCUCAAAAAGAAAGGGGGUGUCUCACCAGCGCGCCUUCUCAAAAUGGCGCCGGGCGCUCCUUCCCAGCCUGAGCCCGCCGAUGACGGAGACCAGGACAGCGACACAGAAGGGUGCUCACCUGCAGUGGUCACGCAGAGCUUCUUGAAGACCUUCAUGAAAAAGGCCCUCGCUCAGGCUGUGAAGCCGGUCCUAGUGGAAUUGGCGGAGAUAAAGUCAGAAGUCCUCACGAUAGGUACCAGAACUGAAGCGCUGGAAGCCGCCUGUUCAUCCCUGACCUCACACUCCGCGGCCAUGGCUGACCGAGCGGAGCUUAUGGAAGAGCAUCUCAACAGCACAUACUUCCUCAUCGAGGACCAGGAGAACAGGAGUAGGAGAAAAAAUGUUCGCUUUAAAGGUAUUCCAGAGUCGAUCAAGGGGUUUCUCCCUCAUCUUAUUGCCCCAGAACAAUCAGGCUUCGUCCCGGGUAGAGAGGUCAUGGAAACUCUACUUCAGAGAGUGAGGCAACAUCCCUCCAUCCAGAGAGUUUCUGCCCCUUCCGGUGACCUCAAAGUCCUGGCUUUCGCGGACGAUUUACUCUUCUUACUCACCAAACCUGAGUCGGGUCUCCCCUGUCUGGUGUCGUUGUUUGAGGAAUUUGGCCGCCUCUCUAACUUCAAAGCUAAAUCCGAACUUCUAAAUAUCACCCUUCCGGAGAGUAGUAUACCCAAGAUUUCACUUCUCUCCCCUUUCCCAUGGGCGCGGACGUCUAUAAAAUACCUAGGGGUGAAUAUAACAAAAUCCAUCCCAACACUUUACACAGCUAACUUCCAGACUUUACUCACCGACAUACAAAAUCUUCUCAAAGACUAUGAUAUUCCUCUUAUCUUCUCAAAGACUAUGACAUUCCUGAAGUGGCAUAAUUCAACUCCCCCUACAAUCGCAGAAUGGACGUCCAAAUGCAGGAAACUCAAGUCACUUGUGACAGUCGCAGUAGAUGUCUUACUCACCAGGAAUCGUUUCGUUAUAUGGACUCUGGGUUUCCAUAGAACAAUACCCAUUGGCACAAUGAAUUCAAGAAUACUUACAUUUGUACUGCUUUGUAAUGGUGCAUUGAUGUUUCCCAUCGUUGAUGGUUGGACAUAUCACUACUCAGCGCAGUCCAUUCCAUAUGAGGCGGCUCGAAGAUACUGUCAGAGUAAAUACACCGACCUGGUGGCCAUACAGAAUAAAAAAGAGGUUGAAUACCUUGAAGAAAACAUCCCACAUAACCCGACCUAUUACUGGAUAGGGAUAAGGAAGAUUAACAACACAUGGACUUGGGUGGGAACCAACAAGACACUUACAGAAGAGGCUACAAACUGGGGUACUGGAGAACCCAAUAAUAAAAGGCAUAAAGAAGACUGUGUUGAAAUUUACAUAAAACGUUCUAUAGAUUCAGGAAAGUGGAAUGAUGAUGCAUGCACCAAGAGGAAGAGGGCGCUAUGUUACACAGCCUCAUGUGAGCCGCUAUCAUGCAGCGGUCAUGGAGAAUGCAUUGAGACCAUCAACAACUACACAUGUGAUUGUGAUCCAGGAUUUUACGGACCGCAGUGUCAACACGUUGUACAGUGUCGGCAUCUAUCAGCCCAGCCUCAAGGAUACAUGAAUUGUUCUCAUCCAUGGGGAAACUUCAGCUUUCAGUCUUCCUGCCACUAUGGAUGUUUUGAUGGAUUCGUCCUUAAUGGUACAGAUACGAGCAUAUGUCUCCCAUCUGGGACGUGGAGCAGUGAAGAACCAUAUUGUACAGCUGUUCCAUGUGAUGAGCUCAGUCCUCCUCAGCAGGGCUCCUACACAUGUCACCAUCCAUGGGCCGAGAACAGCUUUGGCUCCACUUGUGAAUUCACCUGCUCAGAAGGAUGGAAACUAAAGGGAUCCAAUAAAACAGUAUGUGGCCCUACAGGCCGAUGGACAGAGGAAAGUCCAGAAUGUGAAGCUGUUACAUGUAGGGCUCUCAGUCCUCCUCCGCCGGGGUCCCUUACAUGUCACCAUCCAUGGGCUGAGAACACUUUGGGCUCCACUUGUGAAUUCUCUUGCUCAGAAGGUUGGAAACUAAUGGGAUCCAACAAAACAAUAUGUGGUCCUACAGGUCAAUGGACAGAAGAAAUCCCUGAAUGUGAAGCUGUUCCAUGUGAUGAGCUCAGUCCUCCUAAGCAGGGCUCCUACACAUGUCACCAUCCAUGGGCCGAGUACAGCUUUGGCUCCACUUGUGAAUUCACCUGCUCAGAAGGAUGGAAACUAAAGGGAUCCAAUAAAACAGUAUGUGGCCCUACAGGCCGAUGGACAGAAAAAGUUCCUGAAUGUGAAGCUGUUCCAUGUGAUGAGCUCAGUCCUCCUCAGCAGGGCUCCUUCACAUGUCACCAUCCAUGGGCAGAGAACAGCUUUGGUUCCACUUGUGAAUUCACCUGCGCAGAAGGAUGGAAACUAAAGGGAUCCAAUAAAACAGUAUGUGGCCCUACAGGCCGAUGGACAGAGGAAAGUCCAGAAUGUGAAGUUGUACAGUGUCGGCAUCUAUCAGUCCAGCCUCAAGGAUACAUGAAUUGUUCUCAUCCAUGGGGAAACUUCAGCUUUCAGUCUUCCUGCCACUAUGGAUGCUUUGAUGGAUUUGUCCUUAAUGGUACAGAUACGAGCAUAUGUCUCCCAUCUGGGACGUGGAGCAGUGAAGAACCAUAUUGUACAGCUGUUACAUGUAGGGGUCUCAGUCCUCCUCCGCCGGGGUCCCUUACAUGUCACCAUCCAUGGGCUGAGAACAGUUUGGACUCCGCUUGUGAAUUCUCUUGCUCAGGAGGAUGGAAACUAAAGGGAUCAAACAAAACAAUAUGUGGUCCUACAGGUCAAUGGACAGAAGAAACCCCUAAAUGUGAAGCUGUUCCAUGUGAUGAGCUCAGUCCUCCUCAGCAGGGCUCCUACACAUGUCACCAUCCAUGGGCAGAGAACAGCUUUGGCUCCACUUGUGAAUUCACCUGCUCAGAAGGAUGGAAACUAAAGGGAUCCAAUAAAACAGUUUGUGGUCCUACAGGCCGAUGGACAGAAAAAGUUCCUGAAUGUGAAGCUGUUCCAUGUGAUGAGCUCAGUCCUCCUCAGCAGGGCUCCUUCACAUGUCACCAUCCAUGGGCAGAGAACAGUUUUGGCUCCACUUGUGAAUUCACCUGCUCAGAAGGAUGGAAACUAAAGGGAUCCAAUAAAACAGUAUGUGGCCCUACAGGCCGAUGGACAGAGGAAAGUCCAGAAUGUGAAGCUGUUACAUGUAGGGCUCUCAGUCCUCCUCCGCCGGGGUCCCUUACAUGUCACCAUCCAUGGGCUGAGAACAGUUUGGGCUCCACUUGUGAAUUUUCUUGCUCAGAAGGUUGGAAACUAAAGGGAUCCAACAAAACAAUAUGUGGUCCUACAGGACAAUGGACAGAAGAAAUACCUGAAUGUGAAACUGUUCCAUGUGAUGAGCUCAGUCCUCCUCAGCAGGGCUCCUUCACAUGUCACCAUCCAUGGGCAGAGAACAGCUUUGGCUCCACUUGUGAAUCCACCUGCUCAGAAGGAUGGAAACUAAAGGGAUCCAAUAAAACAGUAUGUGGCCCUACAGGCCGAUGGACAGAGGAAAGUCCUGAAUGUGAAGCUGUUACAUGUGGGACGCUCGACUUUCCUCAGCAAGGAUCCUUUACAUGUCACCAUCCGGGGGCUGAGAACACUUUUGGUUCCACAUGUGAAUUUAUCUGCUCGGAAGGUUGGAUAUUAAAGGGCUCCAAUGUAACAACUUGUGGCCCUACAGGCCGAUGGACAGAAGGCAUUACUGGAUGUGAAGCAGAAGAUAAAGUUGUGGAUCUCCAGGAGGACCAUGUUAAAGCAGCAUUUAUUAUCGGCCUGGCCACUGCUAUCAGUGCAUUAAUCUUAGCAACACUUUUUUGGUUGGUUAGCCGACGGUUGAAGAAAGAUAAAAAGAAAAGCACAAUAGGAUCCUCGUUGAGCGAACUGCGGCCUCCUCCCGCACCUUUAUACUCCUUACCCCUCCCAUAGAGCAUUGAAGAUGGCGCCCUCGAGCUGGAAUUCGGAAGAGAUAAGAAAUGCUUAUCUGAAGAAGAAAUACGCAGAAGAAGUUUUUAACCAAUUAGCUGCUUUUCACACCUAAAUCACGUAACCUCCUGCACACGGCAUUG